UCUCGGUUUUUUAAAUCGUUUUUCUUAGCGCCGGUUCUCAAAAGCCCUGAAGGCUCGAAUCGGUUCGCCGCUCCUCCUCGCCCGCUCCACCAUCCGUGUUUUUGUUCACUUUGAGAUGAAUUCGUUUCCUAAAACCCGAAUUUUUGAUCGUUCGUUCUAAGAUCGGAUGACCGCGGUCUGAUUGCCGUGAGGUUUGCGAAAUCGGAGUGGGGAGGAGGGAUGGACGGCAACGGCGGUGGUAGCGGUGGCGGAGGGGAAAGGGUGGCAGUGGCGGCGAGCGCGAAGCCCAACCUGAACGGGAACGCGCCGCCACCGUUCCUGAGCAAGACGUACGAAAUGGUGGACGAUCCCGCGACGGACGCAAUCGUGUCGUGGGGAACGGCGAAUAACAGCUUCGUGGUGUGGAACACGCCAGAGUUCGCCCGGGAUCUCCUCCCCAAGUACUUUAAGCACAACAACUUCUCCAGCUUCGUCCGCCAGCUUAACACAUAUGGUUUCAGGAAAGUAGAUCCUGAUCGAUGGGAAUUUGCUAAUGAGGGAUUUCUGAGAGGUCGAAAUGAUCUACUAAAGAUCAUUAAUAGAAGAAAACCCUCUCAUGCGCAUGGUCAAACACAGCAGCCUCAACCAGAGAAUGCUUCACUUUCAGCUUGUGUUGAGGUGGGGAAGUUUGGGUUGGAGGAGGAAAUUGAGAGGCUGAAGAGAGACAAGAAUGUACUCAUGCAGGAACUGGUCAAGCUGAGGCAGCAGCAGCAGUCCACAGAUCAUCAGUUACGAACCUUAGGCAAACGCCUUGAAGGAAUGGAAAGGCGCCAGCAACAAAUGAUGUCGUUCUUGGCAAAGGCCUUGCAAAGCCCAGGCUUUUUAGCGCAGUUGAUGCAGAAGAAUGACAAUAACAGACUCAUAGCUGGGGGGAACAAAAAACGGAGGUUCCGCAAGCAACGAGGCAGUUUGGGUGGUGAUAGUGCAUCCCCAGAUGGCCAGAUAAUCAAGUAUCAGCCUCUAACAGAUGAAGCAGCCAAGGCAAUACUAAGGCAGAUUUUAAAAGCAGGCUCUUCUCAGCCUAGGCUAGAAUCUUCAAGCAAAUCUGAUAAUAUUUUACUAGAGAAUUUUCCUUCCUCAUCUGGAGCAUUUGACAGUAGUUCUUCAGGUCAGAAUUCUGGAGUGACCCUUGCAGAGCUCCCUCCUAAUUCAGGGGUUCCUUAUGUACCAUCGGGCUCUGGUUUUUCACCAGUUGGCUCAUCUUCAGCUGUAUCUGAGAUACAAGCUUCUGCAGGUGCAACGGAUACAGCUGCAAACAAUGACAUUUUAUCUGCAGUUCCAGAGGCCAUUGCUCCAACAGAUAUGAGUAUUCCCGAGUUUCCUGGGUUAGAAGGGGUCAUGCCUGAUGACAGUGUAGACAUUCUGAGUGAGAACUUUGCAAUGUCUGAUCCCGAGACUCUGUAUAUCGACCCCAUUACAGCAGGAAUGGAUGGCGCAGCAGUUCCAAUUGAGACGGAAAAGGUAUCUGCUGAUACUAACAUUGAUACAUUGGAUGACGAUCCGAUGCUUCCAGGCAUCAUUGACUCAUUUUGGGAAGAAUUUCUUUCUAGUCCUCUAACGGAAGAGACCGAGGCUGAGCUGAGCAUACUGGAAGCAAAGGAGAUCCAGUCAGGACCAGAGAAUGGCUGGGCCAAUGCACAGAAUAUGGAGCAUCUUACUGAACAGAUGCUGCUCCUUUCUUCCGACCCGAAAUGAUGAUAUCAUUCCUAUGCAGUUCUUUUGGACUCCCAAGACAAUAUGGAAUGUGCUGUGUGAAUCCCCUCUGUGGUCUAAGCCUGUGGUAACACUUGAAUUUGGCAACUGGGACUGUUUGGCUUUGACUUUGAGCUUGCAGGAUAAAUAACGAAUCAUAGACAAGCAUCCAGUGAUUCAUUUUUGGAUUCAAAUGACCCCAUGUGGUGGCCUCUUGUCUUUUGUCAGCGAACUGUUGGCUUUAUUAAUGUUUCGUGAAGUUGCAUUCAUCAAUACUUAGUUUAUACACCAUUUUGUUGAUCAGUGCCUCGUGCUAUGAUUUAUGCAAGUAGAUUUGGCUGGUGGGACAAUAGUUGGGAUGGUUGGUAAAGAUAGUUGGCAUUGGGAAGAGUGUAUUCUCGGGGGAAGGAGGUCCUUAUAAAGGUGCAUGCUCGGGGUCUCAUUGAAGAUGAAAGUGAACCAUGUCAGAAGCAUCCCGGCGAAGUAGCAUACGUAAAGUCGAUCUCAAGUAGCUGAGGUAAAGCUGGGUGGUUAUGAUUAUGAAUUUUUUUUUUUCCCGUUCUCCCGUGAGGAUGUGGAAGCCAUAUUGCGAAUAAAAAAGUGAUGCACAGUAUGAUGGUUAUGUCAGCUACUAGAGAGGACCUACAACCAUUACAAAACCGUAACAAAUCGGGGCGGCGUGGAUCACUGAAGCAAAAUAAGCACAGCCACAGGCCAGCACAAGCAGCAGUGCCUGAUAGUUGGUUCUUUUUUAAUUUUGGUAGAAUAAUGGUGGGUUCAUUGAAUCUUUGUCUUGGUGCCGUACGUGGCUGGCUUUUAGAUUUGAAAACGGCGUGUUGUGCACUACUUAAUACGUCAUGCGGUGUUUUGAAUUUUUAAAUCUGUUGUAGUUAUUUGGUAGUAUUUUAAUUCGUCGU